AGAAGCCCCUCAUCCUUGCACUGAUCCAAAAAUGCCACAUCAAAGAACUAAUACCACCCUCAUUUCUCUUCUAUGGAUUUCAAUGGCCUUAUUUGCGAUUGCCAUCCCCAGUGAAUUCUCCAUUGCCGGGUAUGAACAAGGUGCCAAUGACACAGAGCAUGGGCUCAAGCUCUUCGAGCAAUGGAGAGCGAAGCAUGGCAAGGUUUACCAGCAUCCAGCUGAGAAAGCUCGUAGAUUUGAGAACUUCCUAAAGAACCUUGAGUACAUUAGAGAGAGGAAUGCAAGAAGGGGGAUGUCAUCACCAAAAGGGCAUGUUGUGGGACUCAACAAGUUUGCAGAUUUGAGCAACGAGGAAUUCAGGGCUAUGUACCUAAGUAGGAUGCCUUGGAGUAGAGAGAAAAGGGUGGGCAGGAAGGACAUGGUGGAGGGGAGGGAAGAGAGUUGUGAAGCUCCUUAUACUCUCGAUUGGAGAAAGAAAGGAGUAGUUACAGCAGUCAAAGAUCAAGGAGAGUGUGGAAGCUGCUGGGCAUUCUCUUCUACAGGAGCUAUGGAAGGAAUAAAUGCCAUAACCACAGGGAACCUUAUCAGCCUCUCUGAACAAGAACUUGUGAACUGUGACAAAACUAAUGAAGGGUGCGAUGGAGGUUACAUGGAUUACGCAUUUGAAUGGGUCAUAAACAAUGGGGGAAUUGAUACAGAAUCAAAUUAUCCUUACACGGGGCAGGAUGGUACCUGUAAUGCUGAGAAGGAGGAAAUCAAAGUAGUGACAAUUGAUGGAUAUCAAGAUGUAGCUCCAAAAGAUAGUGCUCUUCUCUGUGCUGUCGUCAAUCAGCCAGUAAGUGUGGGAAUUGAUGGAUCUUCAUGGGAUUUUCAACUCUAUACAGAGGGAAUCUAUGACGGAGAUUGCUCAAGCAAUCCAAAUGACAUCGAUCAUGCAGUACUGAUUGUGGGGUAUGGAUCCCAAGACAAUGUCGACUACUGGAUUGUGAAGAACUCAUGGGGUACCAGCUGGGGAAUGCAAGGGUACAUAUACAUAAAGAGGAACACUGAAUUACCAUAUGGUGCCUGUGCUAUAAAUGCCAUGGCUUCUUACCCCACCAAAGAAUCCAAUUCUCCAUCUCCUUUUCCAUCACCAGUCAUGCCGCCGCCGCCACCUCCACCACCUCCUCCUAGCCCGUUGCCAACAACAUGUGGAGAUACGUCAUACUGCGCAUCUGGAGAGACUUGCUGUUGCCUAUUUGAGUUUGCAGACAUCUGCCUACUCUAUGGUUGCUGCGCUUAUGAGAAUGCAGUGUGCUGCAGUGGGACUAUCUACUGCUGUCCUCAUGACUAUCCCAUAUGUGACAUACCAGAUGGGCUCUGUCUCCAGAACAAAAGGGACUCCCUGGGUGUAGCAGCAAAAAAACUAAAGCUUGCCAGGCACAAGUUACCAUGGACAAAGUUUGAAGGACCAACCAACUAUUAUCAGCCUCUGAUGUGGAAGAGAAAUGGAGUUGAAGCCUUGCGUUGAAGAAAGCAGAUGGCUUUUUUGUGUGCAUUCAAGACAGCAGAUGGAGUGGACAUUAUAUAUUUCAUGUUGUACUGCAAGUUGCUAAAUUGUUUUGCUUUGUGAACUACCGGAUCAUAUUAUAAUACAGAUAUUUCAUUCUGCCA